AGAAAAAGAAAAGGAUAUGAAUCAGAGUCGCUUGCUAUCGGAUGCGGAUCGGUCCGUUGGCUAGACAAAAAAAGAUUAAUGUGGUUGAGGGGCGAGAAACCAUAUGAGUCGUUUCGGUUUUUGCUGCCAGGAAAGGAAGUGGCUUGGAAAAUUGUGCUAGUUUCGUCAAUUUAAGGACUUUUUCUUUUUUGUGAUACAUUCUCAAUCGGAGCUUGAGUCAAGAGUUGCCAGUGAUUCAACGGAGCUAUCUCAUCCAUCAUUUCUUCUACAUAAAUAACUGCUACUUCACGAUUGGACUGAAUAUCGUUCUCCCCAACUUCAUAAAGAGAAGUGAAGAUAUACAAACACCAACUACGAACCGCUCAUUGAUCGAAAAUGACUUACACGCUCUACAUCGGCAACAAGCGAUACUCAUCAUGGUCCAUGAGGCCAUGGGUCCUCCUCAAGGCGCUCAACAUCCCCUUUGACGAGAAGCUGGUAUACUUCGGAUCCGACCUCGCCAGCCAGCGCAACGAGUUCCUCAAAUUCUCGCCCUCCGCCAAGGUGCCCUGCCUGAUCGACGGCGAGUCCUCAGCCGCCAUCUUCGACUCGCUCGCCAUCGUCGAGUACGUGGCCGAGGCUUAUCCUGCCGUGUGGCCCAGCGACAAACUUGCCCGUGCCUUUGCCCGGUGCGCCGCCGCCGAGAUGCACUCUGGCUUCGGCGGGAUCCGAACCGACUGCUCCAUGAACGUGGCGCUGCGCAUCGAGCUCGGGCCCCGGAGCGAGGCUCUGCAGCGAGACAUUGACCGCCUCACCGAGCUCUUCAAGGAGGGCAUCAGCAAGUUUGGCGGUCCGUGGCUCGCGGGCAAGGAGUUCACCGCAGUGGAUGCCUUUUACGCACCCAUUGCAUCUCGGUGCAAGACGUUUGGCAUCGAGCUGGACGGUGCUGCGGGGGAGUAUCUCGACCGGCUGUUUGACCAUCCGGCCGUGACGCAAUGGGUCGAUGAGGGCAUCACAGAGCCUGGCAUCGUGGCGCGGAUUGAGGCGGACAGCAUUCGGGGACGCAAGGUGCUGAAGAAUUUGGGUGAGCAGAUGAUUCUUGACUUUUUGGGAUUGUGA